AUGGGUUUCUUCGAUAAGAGUGAGCCUCCUGAGGAUGAGAUCCAACGGGCGCCUCCGGAUCAGGACGUUGAGAAGGCAGUUCCUGCGCAAGUCGAGAGUGCGCCAGUUAAUCCACCUACCAAAAUCAUACCGAGAGCGAUUGACCCGGAAUUGGAACGUCGUGUGGUGAGAAAGCUGGACCUGCGCGUUCCAACGCUAAUGGGAUUUUUCUAUCUCCUUGCUUUCCUCGAUCGAAGUAAUAUCGGAAAUGCGAAAAUUGCUGGAAUGAGCGAGGACCUCUCACUCACGGGUAAUCGAUAUGCAUGGCUUUUGACAAUCUUCUACAUCUCCUAUACACUUUUCGAAUUCCAGGCUUUGAUGUGGAAGAUUGUGAAACCUCAUCAAUGGGCAACCUUCAUCAUCUUUUCAUGGGGUUUGAUCGCAUCAUGUCAAGCGGCAACAACAAAUUGGCAAGGAAUGAUGGCACUUCGGUUCUUGAUGGGUGCUUUCGAGGCUGGAUUCGGGCCUGGAGUCCCUUAUCUUCUUUCGUUCUUCUAUCGUCGCCAUGAACUUGGUCUACGCUGUGGCUUGUUCUUGUCUGCGGCACCGCUGGCCAAUACCUUUGCCGGAGCACUGGCUUACGGGAUUACAUCCGGUCACGCAUCUAUGGCAAAUUGGCGAAUUCUCUUUCUUGUUGAGGGCCUCCCAGUGUGCGCAGCGGCGAUCCUGGCAUGGUUCUUUAUACCGGACUCGCCGUCAUCGGCUAAAUUCCUUACCAAGGAAGAGAAAGAAGUUGCUCGUGCUCGUGGGCUGCAACAAGCCGGUGACGCAGACCGUGAAGGCAAAAUCCAAUGGAGGGAGCUUGCUAUGACAUUAUUGGAUGUGAAAGCCUGGCUUACUGCUCUCAUGUACUUCAGCUGCAACGUCAGCUUCUCAUCUCUCCCUGUCUUUCUGCCGACCAUUCUGGAACAAAUGGGCUAUUCGAAAAUCAAUGCCCAAGGCUUGACCGCACCACCAUUUUCCGCCUCCUUCAUCGUGACGAUCAUCACGCCUUGGGUGGCGGAUCGGGUUCAGCAGCGUGGACUAAUGAUCGCAGCGCUAUCCCUGAUCGGCGGGGUGGGGUAUAUUCUUUGUGCCGCUUGCACAACAGUGGGUGUACGCUAUUUUGGCGUGUUUCUGGCUGCUUGUGGAGUCUUCCCGGCGAUCGCAAAUAUCCUGCCGUGGGUUCUAAACAACCAGGGAUCAGAUACACGUCGUGGUGGUGGUAUCAUCCUGCUGAACCUUAUAGGCCAGUGUGGUCCAUUCUUAGGUACCAAUGUAUUCCCCGAUAGCGAGGAACCACGGUACAUUAAAGGCAUGUCUAUUUGUGCUGCCUUUAUGAUAUUCACGACUUUCCUCGCUUUGGUUCUGCGUUUCUUGUUGGUGUGGGAGAAUAAGCGCUUGGACGAGAAGUACGGCCCCAGGAUUGAGGUAGACGAGUCCAAGGGGGAGGUCCCUGUCGCGGAGGACAACUAUGGCGCUAGCUUUCGUUAUAUGCUAUAA